AUGGCAGAAAGAGUUGAGAACGUGACCAGCCUUCCCCCCUGCAAGAGACAUAUAACGACACACGAUGCCGCUGGAAAAAGUGUGUAUUAUGGCGUCUCGCCCCCACAACAGUACGCACUUGUUGGUGAUGGUGGACUGGCCAGGUCGUACUCGGUGGCUCUUGUGCCGGCGAAGUUGGCUAGCGACGAGGAUUUGAAGGGAUAUUUGAGCGCAGAUGGGAUUACAAGCUGGACACAAUCAUCGAUCGUCACACCAGCUGGAGCGAACCUCCUCGUUGUGGACUUGGCUCCUGGAGCGAGUACCCAUAUGCACCGGACUGUGUCGAUUGACUUUUCAAUUUGCACUGUCGGUGAGAUUGAUCAUGAACUCGAUAGUGGACAGGUCGUGCGACUGAGGCCCGGGGAUCAUAUCGUUCAACGCGGUACCAUGCAUCGCUGGAUCAAUGUCUCUCUGACAGAGCCUGCGCGUUUCGUCGCCGUCACUCUUUCCUGCGAACCAUUCGACGUCGCCGGUGAACAGUUGAAGGAGGUCCAUCUUCUCCACUAG